UACAAAUGGAGUGUGCGGUGUAAUUUUGCGUGUAAAAUAAAAACACAAUAGAAUAACGCAACCCGUAGAGAGGCGUAGACGGGAGACCGCAGUUAUUGGGGAUCAAUUUGGGAACAUAGAAUAGAGUCGAAUAGAAAAGUAGUCCUCCAUUGACGAAGGCAGCACGAGAAGAAUUAAGAAAGAGACAGAGAGAGAGAGAUGCCGCAGCCGAGCAAGGAGCCCUGCAAGAAAGAGGCCUGCGACAUUCAAGCUUGCCUAUCCAAGAAUAACUUUCUCCCUCAAAGGUGCAUGAAACCCAUUGAACUGCUGAACUCCUGUUGUGAGAAAUGCGAUUUUAAGUCAACUCACUGUGCUUCCCUUUCUGGACUCUUGAAGCAAAAGCCAAAAUGAGAGUUGGGUUGGGUUAUAUUCUUAGAAAUCAAUGCUGGCAGCUACAACCAUUCAACCAAAAAAUAGGAAACUCACGCACACGAAACUGCAUGAGGUUACUCAUUUAGGGAAAGAAGCUUAUGAAAUAAAAAGGCACCAUGCCAUUAGUAUUGAUUAGUGGUAAAAAGGAAUUUUGAUAUUUUGGGGUGAUAUUCCAUUAUCAUCUUUAUACCUAUGUAUGUUUUAUAUUGCUAAUCAAUAAAAAAUUGAUACAUUAUUCAGAUUGGUAUUUAUUUUAAUUGUAUUUCCUUGAAUUAUUAUCUGAUACCUUGAUUGAGGCACAUGCUAGUU